CGCGAUGACCAGUCGAGAUUCAUCAAAGAAAAUACGAUCUUAACUCCUGCAGAAACACAAUACCUUCUUAAUAAAAUAACUAAGACUAGAGAAGCUGUUGAUGCGAAAAAUAAGUUUAGUGAAAUACUCAUGUGUCCUGUCUGCAACUUAACAAAAUAUUCAAAAAUCUAUUGUGAACAUUGUAUGCGCUCAAAAUUGAAAAUUGAUAAUUGGUCGUCUGGAAACAAUAAACUUGAUAUCUUUCUUCGAAAAUGUCAAGAUGAGAGUCCUAUACCAGAUUGCAUCGUUGAGUGGAUAGAAUUUCGUAACUUAAUGAACGUCAAGUUUUUAGCUGAAGGUGGAUUUGGAAAAGUGUAUAGUUCUAUGUGGACACCUGGUAAGAUCACUGGUUGGAAUGAGAUGAAGAAUACUUUUGUGCGAAAGUCCAAAAAGGUGGCACUUAAAGUCUUUAAUGGUGAUGGCCUCCCUGGAGAUGAACUUUUUCGAGAAGCACAUUGGAAUCAAAUAUUCACAAGAAAACGAAAUUUUAGACCUUGUGUUGUUAAUAUACUAGGUUUCACUAAGAAUCAAGAAGGAAAAUAUAUGAUUGUCUUAGAUUUAUAUGGUAAUCCAUAUUUGGCUAACGAUAUUAUAUGUGGUCUUCGACCUUCUAUAAUCCCUGGAACACCAAAGAAAUAUGCAGAUUUGAUGUGCAAAAGUUGGGCUAAGGAUCCCCAUGAUCGCAUUUCUGCAAAAGAUGCUGUCCAAAUCCUCCGAGUAUUACUGAGAGAUAUGAUGGAAAAUAAUUUCAUCGAUGAAUAUUCGACUGAAAAAAAUUCAUCAUGGAAUCCACCGAAAUUUGACUUUUCAGUUUUUCGAACCAGUGAACGAUUGAUUAUUUCAAAUUUGGCUAACAGUAGGGAUAAUCCACAUUCGAAUUCGAAUAAAUUGAUAUUGUAUCCAAAAAUACAUGAUACAUGA